AUGGCGCCCGGCAAGUUCGAAUGGAAGCCGCUGACGCUCAAGCCCAUCAACUUCUCUCUCACAGAGGGCACCUCGAUUCCCGCGCCGCUGGACAGCCCGCCCGACACACCUCGUCCUCCUACACCCGGAAAAGGCCCUCUGUCAUCACACCCCACACCAAAGUCGCCUGGCUUCCCACCCACCAAAGGCUCGCCACAGAGCAAAGAGUCCCAGGACUCGGCAGCAGGAAGCCAUCUUCAACAGACGCGUACAAAUGAUGCGGCUAGCGGACCGCUGUCGCCCACAAGCCCCUCGGCCAGGCGGCCAGCAUCGGUUCGAAAAUUCUUGGGCCUUCGCACACUAUCGUCGUCAGACAGUCUAAAGUCAGAGAGGCCAGGCUCGCCGGCUACAAUAAACAGCCAGGCGCCAAGUCUGAACAGGAGGAAGAGCGGCAGCUGGUUUGGCAAGAAGAAGACGUUCAACGUUGGAUCGGUACCAGAAGGCAAGGAGAGUUUGACGCCCUACGCCAACGGUCGUGCGGCCUCGCAACCCCCGGCGCAGCCAGUACAGCCACCCAAGGCCAAAGGGCCACCACCCCCGGCCCUCCCCGAACUAAAGUCCUUUGGUGUCAACAACGACUCGCUGAGUUUAGGAGGUGAUGAUAUGUUCAAAAACAUAAAGUAA